UUUCUUUCUCAUGUUGGAGAGGAGUAGCUACGUUAGCUGCGUUCGGUGCUUAGCAGGGAGACUGUCCACAACCCGAGGGUUUAUAUAUUGUUUUAAUAUCGUUUUCAGAUUUAAUUUAGCAAAGUUAAUUAAAGGAUAUGUCAUUCGAGCCACAGAAUGAAAGUAGCAAGUGUAAGCAAGCAAGCGCACCGGAAGUGUCAGGAUGUUUGAAUGGAGAAACCGGAUGUGCUGUUACUCGUUCAUGUUCUGAAGAGAGAACCCAACUGAAGCACAACAUAAAUCUGGCAAUGUUAAGUGAGGAGCUGGAGAGAAGAACCCAAGAGACUCUAAAGCUCCAGGAAGAAGUUGAACAAGCCACGAGACUCACAUUAGAAAGAAUGGGUCAUGCAUUUGGGUCAUGCAACCCUGAAAUAUCAGGAAAUCCUAUGUCUACAAACCAUGAAACAGAGGAACCUCCUGAAUUUGAAGUUAACAGCCAACAUUCUUGUUCCAUGAACUCUGGUGUGGAUGUGAACGAAGCGAGUUGGCUGAAUUUUCAAGGCAGAGAUGUUUUCGAGUGUGCACUCGAAGACUAUUCAGAGCAAGUGUCUGACCUCCAAAAACAGCUGAGAGAGCAGUGUGAACAGCAUGAACUGCAGAAGUUUCAUUCUCAUCAGUCGAUCAUCCAAUUAGAGAGCAAACUGAAAGAAUGCCAAACUGAGAAAGACACCUUGGCAAAUUUAAGACUAACGGAAUCUCAGGACCAUGCCAAACUAAUCGAGCAGCUCCAGGCAGCUCAGCUGGAGCUCCACUUCCUAAAGCAGAACGAAGGCCACGAUAUGAUGGAAGUUAAAGACAGAGUAAAGACUUUAAGCGGAAGAGGAGAAAUUAUGGCGGAAAUUCUGCAGGACGUCUUCGACAGGCUUUCGGAUUAUGAAAAGUGUAGUGGAGAAAGCAGCGGCCUUUGCUAUGGCCAAGCUUUCAGCCGUAGCCAGCUUCCUCUAGGAGAUGCAGUGGAGAAAGCAAUACAAGACCUGGAGCAUAAAAACCGUGACCUCCAGGAGAAACGGCAAAUGGUAUUUCACUUAGCUGUCCAGAGACAAAUGAAAGACCCUAAGGAACAGGGUCAAGGAAAAACAGUUUCUCUUAAUCUCGAUGAAUAUAAGGAAAAAAUAAAGCAGCUCAUUACCAGUCAUGAGCAGAAGGUGGCGAUGUUGAACGAGAAACUGAACAGCUCUCAGACUCAUGCAGACGUCCUGCAACACCAAGUGGAAGCGUUACAACAACAGCUCCAAAGCCAAACCUUACUGCACCAAUCAGAGAUGACGGAUAUGGAGUCUGCUCUCUCUUUACUGCGCUCAGACCUGCUGGAGCAACACAACAGCUACAAAGAUAAGGUCAAUGUUCUAGAGGAGGCCCUGGCUCAAGCAAAAUUCCAGGCAGAGCACGUACAGAGAGAGAGAGACCUCUUACUCCAGCAAGCCGAGGAACAGGACAUACAGCUGUGCCGACUUACAACAGAGCUCCGGCAGACUGUGAAAGAACUGUGCCUAGAGAGGCAGCAGAGGUCCGAGCUGGAGCAGCAUAGUCUUGGUGUUCAGCAACUUGAGAAUAUUGUCCGAUCUCUUAGAGAGCAGUGUCAGAGACAUCUGGACCUGCAGGAGCAGAGCAGCAGUGAGACCAGGAGGAUACAGGCUCUGCUGGACGAGCGGGAUGCAGAGCUGCCACUGAAGCAGCAACAAGUGCAACAGAGCCAGGUUCAGCUGCAGGAGGCGCACACAAAUGUGCAGGCACUACAGACCGAGGUGGAGCUGUUAAGACUCAGGUUGGAGGAUGGAAAAAAGAAUAGCGAGUUGCUCAUGAGGCCUCUGGUGGCCCUGCAGCAGGAAAGAAAGAACCUGACCAAGCAGCUCAAGCAGCUCCGGCUGGACAACCAGCAGCUGAGGGCUGCCCUGCUGGAGGCAGAACUAAGGCUGAGUGCUAUGGAGCAGCAGAAGUCCCAGCAGCAAGCUGCCCUUUCAGAGAGAACGAACAACCUACACCAACUAACUCUAGAGAAACAGCAGGUGAUGGCUAAGCUGGAGGACCAGUGCAAGAAGUUAGAUCAACUCAAGGAAGAGCAGGAGACUUUAAGAGAAGAACACCUGAGGAAAACCGAAGAGCUGCAAUUGCAGAACAGCAAACUAAAAGCCCAACGUGAUAACAUCCGAAAUGACUUGGAGCAGACCAAGAUCACCAUCAAAGCACUGCAGGGUGCUGAUGAACAUGGUCUAAAGAUUGCCUUUGGCAUACAGAAGCAGAUCACUGCCAAGCGAGAACAGGUUGACUUACUCCAGAGCCGUGUACAAUUGCUGGAGGAGACCACAGAAAAACUCACUCAGGAGAAAAGCUACCAUUUGAUGAAAUGCAAACGUCAAGCGCAGGAGCUGCUUUUUGAGACGGAGAGAAGGAAGAGGCUUGAAAUCGAAAUGGAGGCUUUCCGUACUACAGAGAAACUGCUGAAAAGUGAAACUGAGAGGCUCGAAACAGCUCUGCACAAGAUGUCAGAUAGUUUCGCAGAGUGCCAAGAGUACAUUCAGAAACAGCAGCAAGAGAUCAUGAGGCUAAAACUUCAGCACACUCUUGAGCUGAAGGAGGGCCAGAACUUACGAUCCACAAGUGCCCGAAUAAUGUGUGAGCGGAAACAAGACUUACAAGCUACAAACAACAUCUGCAUAUCGCCCACCACCAGUCGUUCUCUCCCUGAAGCCUCGCCACUCCCUGAAGUGCCCUAUCAAGCUCACUCUGCUAGCCAAGAGUUAAAUGUUAGUGACCAGAAGUGUAGCUCCGUUAUGGAGCUGCGGAGCCUGGUUAAAGAGCUACACAGUGUGAUUGAUAUGGAACAGAGCCCUGACACCAGCAACACCAGCUCCAGGUUCAUGGAAACUCACAGGAGCAGAAAAAAAGAAGUGACUGAGAACCCCGAAGGUGAAAUCAGGCAGACGAGACCAAGUACCUGUUACAAUGAACAAGAUCCUGUCCGAGUUCCAAACUUCGAUAAACUGGAUGUGAACAGUGUGUUUUCAGCUAACUAUGAAUCUGGAAUUAAAGCAGGCCGACCUCACUACACUUCACUCUGUGUAGCAGCGAUGGGACGGAGAUCUCCAGUACACUCCCUUCUGACCUCUGACCUUCCUAUCGAUAUCUAUUGUAGCCUCAGGACACACAGCUCUGCCCAUACUGUGCAAACAUCUUUCAGUAGAGAUGCUGAAAUAACAGGGCGGACAUGCAAGAAUGAGCUGAUCAAGUUGGAGAGUCUUCAGAACAAAGCAGAGGAUCAUCAAAUAAAGAAUCAAGUGUUUGCGUCUGACACUGUUGCAGAAAUGACCUCGAUGAUAAAACGCCAGGAGAAGACGAGGAGGAGGAUCAAAGAGCGAAAAACAAUCAAAAAAGAUAAGCUUCCAGACGAGACAAAAACACAAGAAUUAAGAUCCAAAGCAAAUAGAAAAUGAACCUGAUAAAUGAUUUAGACUCAUAAUUUAAAAUAAAGGACAUUUCCACCAUUUUUAUCCAAA